AUGAAUGUAACCUCAACAACCAAUAAUACAAGCAACGAAAACAAUAUCGAUGAUCCAGCAGCACAAGCCCGGAUUCCUCUCUUUGUUUCGGCUUUUAUUCCGGCUUUCUUAGUGUCUGAAAUAGGCAAUGCUUUUGUCAUUUACUCGCUUGCCUACCUCAAGCGCGGCGAGCGAACGGCAGUUGAUUGCUACAUUUUAAACCUCGCCAUCGCCGAUUUUCUCAUGACGACCUUGUCGUUGUUCAAUGCUGCAGAGUACUUGAAGAAUGAGUGGGCAUUGGGCGAAGGAAUGUGCAAAAUUCACGGGCACAUGAUGGAAGCAUGCUACACUGCUUCGACGUUCACACUUAUGACUAUUAGCUACAGCCGCAGGAAGAUCGCGAACGAUCCUUUUAAGAUACUGAAUGCAAGGAGAACAUUGAAGCGAGAUAUUGUUCUUACAUGGGCAGCGACGAUUGUGCUGACUUCUCCUCUGUCGUAUGCUUACACGGUGGCAAAGAGAAACGGCAGGUUGCACUGUAGUAACACGAACUUUGAUAAGACGACUCGGCAAAUAUAUUAUCUCCUACAAGCCGUAAUUCUGUUCUUUCUGCCGGUCUCCGUCAUGAUAGCGUCUCAAAGAAAAAUAACGAAAGGCUUAAAGCAACAUUCAACGAUUUACGGCGCUUCGAUGCAACAGAAAAAUGCACACUGGAGAAGAGUUAUGACACACGAAAAAAGAGUUGGCAAGUUUCUUACAUGGAUAUGGGUCGUUUUCGUUUGCUGUUUUGCCCCUCACAUCACGCUGCGUACAAUCCACCAUUUCACAUCGAUAAGACAAAGAAGCGAAAUUUGGAACCAAGUCUUGCACGCUGGUCAAAUGUUGGCCCUUCUUAAUUCUGCGAUUAAUCCAUUCUUGUAUUAUCGGACAACAAACAAGCAGGGUAGUUAUGCCAGUAGAAUUGUUAAAUUAUUUUGCUGCCUUCGACAGAAUACUAGGUCGAAUCUUUUAACAUCAAGCAAGCAAGACAUACGCAUGAGCACUCGUACACCAAGUGGAUCGAUUUUGCACUGA